AAAAGCUUCACAGAGUCCAGGGGCGCACCUACAGCACCAAGUGUAACCAGAGCUUACACAAAAAAAAGGCACCACCUUUGCUCGGUGCUCGUGGGGGAGAGAGAGAGAGAGAGACAGAUGGCGACGCGGAUGGCUGCGGCGGUGGCGGCCAUGGUGGCGGCUGUGGCGAUCUCGCUGGCGGCGGGCGGGGCGGCGCAGUCGUCGCCGAGCACGCCGAGCUGCGCGUCGAAGCUGGUGCCGUGCGCGCAGUACAUGAACGGGACGGACACGCCGCCGGCGGCGUGCUGCGACCCGCUCAAGGAGGCGGUGAAGAACGAGCUCAAGUGCCUCUGCGACCUCUACGCCUCGCCGGAGAUCUUCAAGGCCUUCAACAUCAACAUCUCCGACGCCCUCCGCCUCUCCACGCGGUGCGGCAUCAGCCAGACCACCAGCAUGUGCCCCGGGAAUUCCCCUACGAACUCUCCUCCAGCCUCUCCAUCAGGUGGCAAAAACGCUGGUCAUCGCACUAUGUCAGUUGGUCUUCCAGGAUUGAUGAGCUUGUUCCUAGCGUUGUGGUCUGUAUUGGCAUAAGAAUUUUGGUUCCAUAUCAGAGAUGUUAUCGCUUAUGCCACAGUAGAGGAUUUACAUGUGACGGUGUUUGUUGAUUGGCUGUAUCAUCAUUCUGUACUUGGAUCAGAAUUCGUUUUGCUGUGUAUCAAUGUCGCAAGUCAGAAGACUUACAUUGUGUUGUACUUAGACCUGUGCUGAUCAAAGCGUAAUGGAUGAAUUGUUUAUCUUCUA